CCGUGAUGAUCCAGCUCCCAUACUGGUCCCGACACAAGAGGCGGGUCGUCAUGUGUCGUGUUAUCGCUGGCACGCUUCUGUUAUCUUUACUGGGUGUAUUUUUCUUUCCCUCGGUUGUCGAAGCCACUCCUUCCCCUCUCAAAAACAGCAUCAGGAAACAGCAAGUUCGAGAGGCACCAGAUGUCCCAGAAUACUCCCCGCAGGACACACGCUAUGAGCCACCAGCUGCAGAUAUCCGAGAACCCGAGAAGCCAGCAAUCGCGAAACAUGCUCCCUCCCACCAAACUCCAAUUGUCCAAAAGAAACCAAAUAUUAACAUCGAGGAAGCUGUUCUGAAGCUCAAAUCCUUAUAUCCAGACGAAGUCCGCACAAAAGGGAUCUUGUCGCCUCUCACAGCAACUGGAGAAGCACUUCUCCGAGAUCUAGCUUUCAGAACAAGGGCGUUCAGAGAAGCUUUGGCAGCAUGGGAAGCACUACAUUUCGUCAUCGAUGGGCCUACGCUGUCUCAAAGAGACAUCAUCCCACAAUUGCGCGCAGCAAAGCGCCCCUCCGAGAACUUCGCUGAGGCGGUACACAGCUAUGACAGAUUCCGGGCCUAUAUCAACAAACUUGCUGCGCGUCUGUUCCCGUGGACAAUGGCAUUCUAUGCUGACCAUAUGUCGCUACAUGCGAGCUUCUACAGUGGAGGUAAGGGCAUAGUCCUCACGGCAGGCGACGGCCAGGCUCCUUAUCUCUUGACAAGCAUUCCCUCGUUCCGGAAACUUGGAUGUGAAUUGCCAAUUGAGAUUCUCUAUCUUGGAGACGAGGAUUUGAGCGAAGACUACAGAGAUGCCCUGGAAGCUUUGCCAGGAGUCUUGACCAGAGACUUGAGCCAAAUGGUGAAUGAUGAAGGUUGGGCACUGAAAGGGUGGGCAAUGAAGCCCUUCGCAAUUCUCAUGUCCUCCUUCCGCGAAGUCCUUUUCAUCGACGCCGACGCACUUUUCCUUGUCAACCCCGAAACGAUGUUCGACGACGAGCAAUAUACGAGCACGGGAGCGCUAUUUUUCAAGGACAGAAACCUGAACCCAGAGAAAAAGCGAGGCUGGCUCAAGUCGAUUCUGCCAAGCCCAAUAUCAGACCAUGUCAAGAAGAGUCGAAUGUGGACAGGCGAAAGCGGACAUCAGCAAGACUCUGGAGUGCUAGUAAUCGACAAAUGGAAGCAUUUCGUUUCUCUGCUUUUGACCACAAGAAUGAAUGGCCCAGACCGAGACGGCAACAAAGAUCAAGGCAAGAAGGGUGUCUACGAGAUGGUCUACGGCGACAAGGAGACUUUCUGGCUCAGCUGGGAGCUGGCGGGUGACUUGGGAUACUCGUUCCAUGACAGCGUCGUUGGAACAAUGGGCACACUCAACACGACUGUAGCCACAAAAAGGGCAUCAGAGGCAAUCUGUUCCGCACAACUCUUGCAUUUUGAUCGCGAAGGCUUGCCACUCUGGUUCAAUGGUGGUCUCAGCAAGACGAAAGACGAAUCCGAUAACUUCAAACACUACCAACCAUUCGAGUACUACAUGCAAGAACCACGAGAAAAAGGGCGUGCCGUUACAAGCGAUAACUGGAGCAUUCAACCUUCCAACGUGGUCUGCUUGGAAGGAGAAGAGCACUUCCCAUUCUCCGCACACACCCAGGGCGUGCUGGAAAUGCUCCUCGACCUCGCGCGCCAAAACGCAGAAGCUGAACCAGAAUCAUGAACCACGUUCACUGUUGCAUAAAUUCUGAUCCUACUCAGUCCCCAAACCAAAAGACCAUCAUAACCGAUCCAACCUCCGCCUCAAACGCUCAUUCUCAAACUUAAACGCCUCAGCCAUCAACCUCUUCUGAUUCGGCAGUCGAAGCAACUCCUCAAGCUCCUCUUCAAAACUCCACCGCCAUUCCGCAUGCUCAACAGGAUCCAAUCGUACCUCCGCUGGCUGCUGCACUCUUACGACAUACGAGUAUUGCAGCCAUGAUUGACCUCUCUGACUCGUCCAAGGCGUUUCAGCAAGUUUGCCAACGACUUCUACUACAUGCAGACCGGUUUCUUCGAAGAUCUCUCGUAUUAGGCCUUCACGGAUGGUUUCUCCGGGAUCGACUUUGCCGCCUGGUAGUUCCCAAUGGUCUGGGAAGGCUUUUUCGUCGGCUGCGCGCUUGACGGUGAGGAGUUGUGGGGCUGGGGCUGGUACCGCCGUUUGAGGACCAGAAUUUGUUGAUGCUGUUGAUGUUGAGGAUAUAUCUUCGCGAAAUAUGGCGCCCGUUGCAAC